CUCUCUCUCUCUCAAUUUUUUUCAUGUGUACAUAUUGUAAAGAAAGAGAAUAGCCAUCAGAAGUUUUCUAUAAAUAGUCAUUUGGUUCUUGUACAAUCUUCAUAACUCAAAACCUCCUUAAAGAAGAUAAGAGAGAGAACUCAAAGAACCAAAAAGAAUAGAGAAAUGUCGGACGUGUGCCCAGACACUGCUGGGGAUGGGAUGAAGAGCUCGUGGCCUGAAUUGGUGGGGAGAAGAGGAGAAGAAGCAAAAGAGAUAAUUGAUAAAGAGAAUACGAAAGUGACGGCUAAGAUUAUAUCUGAAGAUGCUAUUGUUUUGCCCGUUGUGGUUUGCGAUAGGGUUUAUGUUCUUGUCAAUGACUAUGGCAUUGUCACACAAACCCCUUUCGUUGGGUAGUUUAAGUAUAUUUAUGUGUGUGAAUGAAUCAAUCUGGACCUUAAUACGUAACGUGUACGUGUGUGUGUGUGAAACAAGAUAUGCUUGCUGUGAUACGUUGAAAUAAAAUAAUGCCUCGAUUUGUAUGUUUUUA